GUUCUGCUAAAUUACUAAAGCUAAACAAUGAUGGCUGAUGAGGAUAGAAAUCUAGUGGAAAUCUUAGAGGAGCAUACUGAGAUUGACAUUGCAAAAUAUAUCAAUUAUGUAAGUGCGCCAGAGGCGGGUGCUAUUGCAACAUUUUCUGGCACAACGCGUGACACCUUUGACGGAAAAACAGUUGUGGAGCUGAGAUAUGAAGCAUAUGUUCCAAUGGCAAUACGAUGCAUGAAGUCCAUUUGUUCAUUGGCUAGAGCCUCAUGGAAUCUUGUCUCCAUUGCAGUUGCGCACCAGCUUGGCCCAGUUCCUGUUGGUAAAACCAGUGUUUUUAUUGCUGUCUCAUCUGUUCAUAGAGUUGAUUCAUUAGAUGCUUGUAAGUUCAUAAUUGAUGAGAUAAAGGCCUCAGUUCCAAUAUGGAAGAAGGAGGUAUAUGCUAAUGGAGAGGUUUGGAAGGAGAAUUCAGAGUUCUUAGAUCGGAGGUUGGAUCUUGGGAGAAAUGAUGGUUUAUGCAGUGAGAAAGACUUUGAAGCACAAAGACAUAUUAGGAAAAGCUGCUGUGGUGCUAAGGUAAGGGUUUUAGAAGAAGGAGAUCCUGAAAUUAGCAAACAUGAAGCUCACCAGGACUAGUGAGAAACUUUACCCUUUGCUUAGAAUAUAGGAAACUGUUCAUCAUCAAUAAAGCUACUGAAGAGGACUAUUUGGAUAAUGCUCGAUGAUAAGUCUCAUUCGGAAAACUCAUCAAAUCAGAGGAGUUGUGAAGUGCUACCAAUUUAAUGAGUUUCUUUUUACCUUGUUGUAUAAGAAUCUGUAUGUUGCAAUGAAGCUGAGUUGUGAACUCUGAUUACAUCCAUAUUUCAACUUCUUAUGGGAGUAAUGGCUAUAUUCUGGCUCUUGGAGCAA